AUGGAAGGGCACAAGCGCUCCAAGUCGGCCAGUGUGAAGAACCUCCUGUCCCGCGUGUCGUCAAGGCCCGACGGCGACACACCCGAACCUAGUGACAACUCUCCCCCAGGUUCAGCUACAUCGGCCACCUCGCAGCACGCUGCUCAGAUCAAAGGACACAACGCCUCGGGACACGGCCGCAGUCUCUCCAAAAAGAACCCGCAUCUUUCCACUAGCAUGUCCGGCCCCGGCCCAAGCCAAGACGCACUCAGUCCCUCGUCUCCCAGCAUCCAGCAGACACCCACCUCUCCCACAAAGGCAACAUCCAUCGAGCAGUCUGUGAAACUGUUUAGAGUUUUUGAGUCGCUGCGAAAUGGCGAUACGGCAGCUAUAUCGCGCGCAAUCCGGGAGCAGUCAAGCCCAGCCGAUGGCGAGAGCAGCAGGUCGUCAAUACAGCUCCCCAAUACACGCACAGAGGGAACUUCAAUCCUGCACUUAGCCAUACAGUGUGCAGAGCUACCAGUAAUUGAAUUCGUCCUGUCAAACGUCACUGCGUCGUCCGACUCACCUGUCGAUAUCAACGGCCGCGACCGCGAUGGCAACACACCGCUCCACCUUGCUGCCAUACUUGGUCGCACUGCAGUUGUGCGCAUGCUACUCGACCAGCCUGGCAUCAAUGACUCGGUGACCAACUACAACGGCCAAACCCCGUUAGAUCUCGCCCGUACACCAGACAUUUUCCAGGCCCUGCAGCUGUCGCGGUCCAUCUUCAUCGACACGUACGUAAAGAAGAUACAACAAAUGGUCAUGUCAGGGGACAUGGAUGCGCUGGAGAAGAUCCUCCAGGAUAACCGGGUUAAGAGCACUCUCGAUGUCAAUGGCGGCGAGCUAGCGACCGACCCGGUUGUCGUCGACGCUGGAGGCACACUUCUGCAUGAAGCUGCAAAGAAAAAGGAUGUCAAGCUGGCUCAGCUGCUCUUGUUGAACGGAGCCGACCCAUUUCGCCGCGAUCGCAAGGGUAAGCUUCCUCAGGACUACACCAAGGAUGACCGUACCCGCGCAAUCUUGAAGCGAUCACCCGCCGCUGCAGCGGCACAAAGAGGAAUACAGGAGAAGACCAUCCUCGCCGGUGUACCACCAGGACAAUCAGCUGCAGAGGUUGGAAUGGGCGUCAAGGAGUCGCGCGAGAUGAAGGGAUACCUGAAGAAGUGGACAAACUAUACGACUGGCUACAAACUACGUUGGUUCGUCCUUGAAGAUGGUGUGCUGAGCUACUACAAGCACCAAGAUGAUACGGCAUCUGCAUGCCGUGGUGCGAUUAACAUGCGCAUCGCCAAGCUGUACAUGGAUCCCCAAGACAAGCAGCGCUUUGAGAUUCAAGGCAAGUCGUCUGUAAAGUACCAUCUCAAGGCAAACCAUCAAGUCGAGGCCAAACGAUGGUACUGGGCAUUGAACAACGCAAUCCAGUGGGCCAAGGACGAAGCGCGCGAAGAAGAAAAGCGGGCUACUCAGGACCAAGAGAUGCUCAAGCAGGCCAAGAUUAAGCAAAUCAAGGGCGAGGGUGACUCUUCUAGCCUUGGGAGCUCCAAGAUAGCCAGCAGCUCCAAGCAGCAUCCGACCACAUCCAAUCUAAACAUUCCUUUGAACAGUGUCGAUACUACGUCUUCACGAACUGCGGUUAGUGUCACAGAAGACCCCGGUAGCGUCUAUGAGCCUAGCAUGCACAGCCAGGGUCUUGAUAGACUGGUCAGUCACAUGGGAACAGCGACCGUUGCCGGCGAUGACGACGACGAUGAUGAGUAUGGGGACGAUUCGAGCAGUCACGAGAUGAAGCCGCAGAGCAAGGAUGCCUUCAACAUCACUGCGCAGUCCGCGAAGCUACAGCUUGAUUUGUUGACAUCGGUUUCUGCAGCACUGCAGACAGAAAAGGAACGAUCGCCUAAUAUGCAGAUUUCUGACCCUAUGAUGUUGCAGGCGCUGGCCUCGUACGAAUCAGCCAUUGGCAACCUCAAAGGACUAAUUGGAGAUCUUCUCAGAAUAUCCAGGGACCGUGAUGCUUACUGGCAAUACCGACUAGAUCGCGAAGCCAAUGUGCGUCGCAUGUGGGAAGAGAGCAUGGCCAAGGUCGCAAAGGAGCAAGAAGAGCUUGAGAAUAGGAUAGGUGAGUCGGAGGAAAAGCGGCGAAAGCAGAAAAGAGCACUCCGGGAAGCGUUGGAAGGCUUUGAGAAAACUGAAGCUGGAACACAAGCAAAGCAAGACGAAGAUGAAUUUGCUGAUGCACAAGAAGACGGUGCGCAACAAAAGGAGGCGACAGCGCCCGUAGGUGCAUUCACCCAAAACCAAAAAAUUAGGAAAAAGGCUACCCUGGCAGACAUUGCAGCCCACAUUUCCGACUCUGAGUCUGAAGAUGACGAAGAGUUCUUCGAUGCAAUCGGUGCUGGCGAAGUCGAGGUUGUGGAGAUGCCCGCUCCCAGCGUUCCUCAAGAGGGGGAAAGCAGCGCCCCGGACUCUUCCGAAGAUCCAUUGGAGAAAAAGUCUAUGGAGAUUGCCACUGCGUGGACAGGCUACGAAGAUGGUCCACGAAAGCGACUGGCAAUGGAUGCAGAUGACAGGCCGAAGAUUUCACUUUGGGGAAUUCUCAAGUCCAUGAUUGGCAAGGACAUGACCAAGAUGACACUGCCGGUAUCCUUCAACGAGCCAACAUCGCUACUCCAACGUGUGGCCGAGGAUAUGGAAUACACUGAUCUUCUAGACACUGCUGCCGAACGAUCAGACUCCACGGAACGACUGCUUUAUGUCGCUGCAUUUGCGGCUUCCGAAUACGCUUCUACUAUUGGGCGUGUUGCUAAGCCUUUCAAUCCCCUCCUUGCUGAGACUUAUGAGUAUGCCAGAGCGGACAAGGGCUACCGCUUCUUCAUUGAGCAGGUCAGCCAUCAUCCACCCGUUGGUGCUGCCUUUGCAGAGUCCAAGAAGUGGGAUUACUAUGGCGAGUCGGCAGUAAAGUCAAAGUUUUACGGCAAAUCCUUCGAUAUUAAUCCAUUGGGUACUUGGUUCCUGCGACUGCGACCGUCUGCAACAGGCGGAAAAGAAGAAAUGUACACGUGGAAGAAGGUCACAUCUACCGUCAUCGGUAUCAUUACCGGAAAUCCCGUCAUCGACAACUACGGUCUCAUGGAAAUCACCAAUUGGACUACUGGGGAGAAGUGUUUGCUGGAUUUCAAACCCCGUGGCUGGAAAGCCUCUUCAGCAUACCAGGUUGUCGGAAAAGUCAUGGAUGCAGAAGGCCGAGUGCGCUGGAGCAUCGGCGGGCGGUGGAAUGACAAGAUCUACGCUAGAUUCACCCCUGGCUUUGAGGAUGCAGACAUUGACAAGGGCGGUAAGCCAUCAAAACAAGAUGACAACAAGGCUUUCCUCGUCUGGCAGUGCCACGAACGUCCAACCGGCAUACCCUUCAAUCUUACUCCGUUUGUCGUGACGCUCAACGCCAUCAACGAUAAGUUGCGCCCAAUCAUUGCCCCAACAGACACUCGACUCCGGCCUGAUCAGCGCGCCAUGGAAGAUGGUGAGUACGACUUUGCAGCCACCGAAAAGAACCGCGUAGAAGAGAAGCAGCGUGCUACAAGACGGCAACGAGAAGCAGAGGGUAAAGAGUUCCAGCCUAGAUGGUUCACAAAGGGCACGUGCGAGAUUACUGGUGAGGAGUACUGGGUUUUCAACCACGAGUACUGGAAGAUUAGAGACCGUGUUGCGAAGGGCGAAACUUCGUGGGAUGAGGCUGGUUUGGAGGAUAUUUUUUAA